AAUAAUAUGAGUAAUUUCCCUUGAAAAAAUGGCGGAGAAGAGGCUGCGCCGCUCUGCGGCGAAGAUAAUUAGUUGAUUUUGUACAACACAGUUAUUCUAAGAAUUGUCCAGACUGGUAUUGAAACCCUUCAGAUGCGACUCAGUCUAAACAAGCAUGGCUGCUCCAGACUUAGAUGUAAUCAAAGACAUUCCUGGGUACAAAGUUAUCCUAAAGGCAGUUGUAAAAAACCAAAUUCAGCAGUUGGUGGAACAACUUGCUGCUCAUACAGAUGAAGAGUCGAUCAUUCUAACAGCAAGUGUUGCUGAUGGCACUCUCAGCCAUAUUGGAUCAGAAUCCGGCAAAUCCUUCUUGGAAGAUAAUGAAGAUGUUAAGUCACAAUUCCUCGGUUUCUGUCUUAAAUAUCAUCAUAAAAAGAAACAACAGGAGAAAGAAAAAGAAAGAUUGCUGCAGGAACAGCAACAGUUGCAGCUGCAGCAACAACAAUUACAACAACAACAACUGCAACAAAUGAUGUCACCAUCCAGAUUUAGUGGAGGGCCUCGAUUUAUGCCCUCACGUUCACCCAGACAGUAUUCCCCACGAUUCUCAUCUCGAUCUCCCGGUAUGCGUCAUGAACCUUACCCCUCAGCUCGCCCUCCUCGGCGACCAUUAAAUCUAGACCAAGCGUCCGGUGCUAAUAAGAACACAGGUGCAAUGAAAAUUCCAAUAGGAAAUAACGGACAGGUGAUAAAAAUUGAACCUGAGGAUGACGAAUCUUCAAAUCAAAGUGCAACUGACACUACAAAUGUUCCAUCGGCUUCCGGCACAGCCGGAACUACACAACCAUCUGCAUCUCCAUCUCAUUCCUCUGCCCCAUCCACACCAGCAAACGUUAAAUCAGAAUCCGGCGAUAAAGAUGACGAUGAUAAUAAAUCUGAGUCGUCUGCAACGGGUACAACACCUCAACCAACUACAGAAGGACUGAACUUACAAUCUGACCUUUCAGAUAUGAUCUCUAGUGGUGGGGAUAAUUCAGAUUUGGAUAAAGCAGGGACUUCAGCUGGGGCAGAGGGAACAGAUAGCGAACCUUUUAAUGUAAAACUGGAAGCUAUUAGUGAAUCUGAUAUGGAAUUAGAAAUUACGGGUGUUGAACCCGGAAGACCAGCAGUGCCUCAAUAUGAUGUGUCAAUGGGUAUGCCCUUUGACCCUUCCACUUCUGGAAUAGAUAGCCCGGGGCAACAAGGCUACAAUAUUGGUUUAACAGAACCUACAAAGAGGUACCACUGCCAAAUUUGUGAAAAGUCAAUGCAGAGUCCAUUUGCAUUGAAGAUGCAUAUGAGAGUUCAUACAGGAGAUCGACCUUACAAGUGUAGAGUGUGCGGGAGAGGAUUUACGCAGAAAGUGCACCUGCAGUCACACAUGCUCAGACAUAUGUCCAUUCAAAAUUGAUUUCUAAGUUAUAUGCAGGUGAGGAUUUACACAGGAAGUGCUCUACAAUCCCACAUGUUCACAUAUUUUUUUUUAUAUGUCUAUUCAAGUUAACGUUUAUAUGAUAUACGGGUCAGCAUUUACACAGAAAGUGUUCUACAAUCGAGUUUGCUCACAUAUAUGUCCAUUCAAAAUUGAUGUGUAAGUUGUAUGUGGGAAAGGAUUUAAGGAGGAAGUACGUGCUCACAAAAAUGUCCAUUCAAAAAUGAUUUAUGCUGUAUGCGGGAAAAUAUUUACAUGGAAAGUGCACUUACAGUCACACAUAUAUCCAUUCAAAUUUGACUUGUACAAAACGUGUUGAAGGGUUUACACAAACUGCUAUUCAAAAGUGAAUGUAAUUAUGGUAUGUUUGUGCAUGUUACUUGUAAUCAAUGUAACGGGACUACCUGAGUGUGCAUCUGAUAGGAAUUUCUCUGGAAGUGCAGUUUUUCAGUUGAAAGUGCCAAGUAAUUUGAAACCAGGGGCUUGCUUUAAUGCCUUCUCACACUUCAGAUUGAUUGUUAUAUUGAAAACACACAAUCACACAUUGCAAAUCGAGGGGUGAAUGCGAAAAAGUUCUAAGAGCUUCUUUAUUUAUAUGCAUUUAGAACUCUUUCACAUUCACCCUACGAAAUGAGAAUAUUAAGCCACAGGACUUGUUUCUUUUACAUACAACAUAAGUGUUGUUACAAAUGCCUGCAUUUAGUGGCUGUUAUUGCCAUAUUUGAUUGGUUUCAUCCCACUGCAUAUACUGUUUCAUUGACAAUAAUACUCUUGUCCUGUUAGAACUAUUAUUGCCAUAUUUAGUCAUGUUUGUCCUGUUGCAGAUAUUAUUUCACUGACAAUUAAAUGCAUGGUCUUGUAUUCUUGUUCUGUUAGAACUAUUGCCACAUUUCAUUAUGUUUGUCCUGUUGCGUAUAUUAUUAUGGCAAUAAAACAUAUAUUUUUAUGUUCUUAUUCUGUAAUAACUUUCCUUGCCAUUUUUAAUUACUUUUGCCCUGUUGCAGAUAUCAUACUGACAAUAAAACGCAUAUUCUUGUAUUCUUGUUCUGUUAGAACUAUGAUUGCCAUAUGUAAUUACGUUGGCCCUGUUGCAGAUAUUAUUAUGAUAAUAAAAUGCAUAUUCUUAUGUUUUUGUUCUGUUAGAACUGUUCUUGCCUUUUAGCUCACCUGAGCACUUCUGCUCAAGGAGAGCUUUUGUAAUUGUCCUGUGUCUGUCAUCAAUUGUCUGUCAUCGUCUGUUGUCAAUAAUUUGACUAUUAACACUCUAGAGGUCACAAUUUUGGCCCAAUCUUCCAAAUCUAUGAAACUUGGUCAGAAUGUUAAUCUUGAUGAUCUUUAGGUCAAGUUCAAAUCUAGGUCAAAGUGGGAUCAAAAACUAGGUCACCAGUUCCAAAAAUCAAAGGAAAAGCUAGUUAACACUCUAGAGGCCAUACUUAUGACUAUAUCUUCAUUGAACUUGGAUAGAAUGUUAACCUUGAUGAUCUUUAGGUCAAGUUUGAAUCUGGGUCAUAUGGGGUCAAAAACCAGUUCAAAUCAAAGGAAAAGCAGGUUAAUACUCUAGAGGCCACAUUUAUGACCAUAUAAUUAAUGAAUCAUGGUCAGAAUGUUAAUCUUGAUGAUGUUUAGGUCAAGUUCCAAUUUCGGUCAGGUGGGGACAAAAACUAGGUCACCAGGUCAAAUCAAAGGUAAAGCUUGUUAACACUCUAGAGACCUAAUUUUAAGUUUGAAACUCAUGAGAAUUGAUUAGAAUGUUUGUCUUGAUGACCUCUUGGUCAUCUUCGAAUCUGGGUCGUAUUGGGUCAAAAACUGGGUCACCAAGUCAAAUGAAACAAAGCUUGUUAACAAUCUAGAGGUCACAUUUAUGACUGUAUCUUCAUGAAACUUGGUCAGAAUGUUAAUCUUGAUGAUCUUCAGGUCAAGGUGGAAUUUGGGUCAUGUGGGAUGAAAAGCUAGGUCACCAGGUCAAAUCAAAAGAAAAGCUUGUUAACACUCUAGAGACCUUAUUAAUGACCAUAUCUAAAUGAAACUUGGGUCAGAAUAUUAAUGUUGAUUAUCUUAAGGUCAAGUACUAAUCUGGGUCAAGUGGGGUCAAAAACUAGGUCACCAGGUCAAAUCAAAGGUUACCAGUGUAGAGACCACAUUAAUGACUUUAUCUUCAUGAAACUUGGUCAGAAUGUUAAUCUUUAUGAUCUAUAGGUCAAGUUUGAAGCUGGGUCAUAUGGGGUCAAAAUCUAGGUCAAUAGGUCUGAUCAAAGGAAAAGCUAGUUAACACUCUAGAGGCCACAUUUAUAAUCAUAUCUUAAUGAAACUUGGUUAGUAUGUUAAUCUUGAUGACCUUUUAGUCAAGUUCCAAUCUGGGUCAGGUUAGGUAACCAGUUUAAAUCGAAGGUAAAGCUUGUUAACACUCUAGAGACCAAAUUUUAAGUUUGAAACUCAUGAGAAUUGAUUAGAAUGUUUGUCUUGAUGACCUCUUGGUCAACUUCGAAUCAGGGUCAUAUUGGGUCAAAAACUGGGUCACCAGGUCAGAUUAAAUGAACAGAUUGUUAACACUCUAGAUGCCACAUUUAUGACUGUCUUCAUGUAUCUUGCUCAGAAUGUUAUUCUUGAUGACCUUUAGGUCAAGUUUUCAGGUGAAUGAUACAGGGCCUUCAAGGCCCUCUUGUUUUAAAGACUUUUCACUCUGUUGCAGAUAUCUAUAUAUUAUUAUGACGAUAAAACGUAUAUUUUUAUGUUCUUGUUCUGUAAUAACUUUUCUUGCCAUUUUUAAUUACUUUUGCCCUGUUGCAGAUAUCACACUGACAAUAAAAUACAUGUCCUUGUAUUCUUGUGAUGUAAAAACUAUUUUGUAAUACUGGCAUUUAAUUACAUUUGUCCUGUUGCAGAAAUUAAACUGACAGUGGAACGUCUGUUAUUGUAUUCUUGUUCUGUUGGAAUUAUUAUUGCCUAAUCGAAUUACCUUCAUCCUGUUGCAGUAUGACAAUAAAGCGCAUGUUCUUGAA